GCCCACUGGACAUAAGCAGCUCGUCCCAGAACAGCAGGCCGCGGCAGGCGAGCACAGACCGGCACACUUACUUACUUAAUCAUUCGAGCCGGCACCGCAGCGAUGAAGUGGCCUAUCAGCUUGCUUAUCGGCAGACCCACUUGUCGUCUCUGGAGCCGUGGCCCAGAGCUUGAACUUUUUUUUUCUUCGAGCCGGCAAGCAUCGAGUUCACGAGACGAACACCACACCACCCCCAAUCUCUCCUCACCACCACAGGGCGAUCUACGGAAAGGAACCCUGCCGAUUCUCACAAAUCCGACCAAAAUGUCCAACCAGAACGAGUCCGCCGCCUGGCCCAUCGCCGAUGCCGCCCUGACCCAGGAAAUCCUGGAUCUGCUGCAGUCGAGCGCCCACUACAGGCAGCUCAAGAAGGGAGCCAACGAGGCGACCAAGGCCCUGAACCGUGGAACCGCCGAGAUUGUCGUUCUCGCUGCUGACACCACUCCUCUUGCUAUCCUCCUGCACAUCCCCCUGCUGGCUGAGGACAAGAACACCCCCUACGUCUACGUCCCCAGCAAGGUUGCUCUGGGCCGCGCGUGCGGUGUCUCGAGGGCCGUCAUCUCCGCCGCCAUCACCUCCAACGAGUCUUCCGACCUGAUGGGCCAGAUCCGCGCGCUGAAGGACAAGGUCGAGAGGCUGGCCAUCUAAGCAAGGUCUGGGUCUCCCUCCGACUGUGGCAGUCGCAUAUUGCCGUACCUUGGCUAUGAUGGCGAUAUAAGGUAUCGUGCACGAGCAUGAUUCGGGAAUUGUGAACCUAGUUGGAUCAGGGCUGUCUCUCUUCGAGAGUAUUUGCAACGACAGCAGAAAUGUGAUCAAGCAUAUAGUUCGAAAAGACCGGACAGUUCAAGACAAUUAAAUUUGGACAUUGCACUG